AUAACUAUAGGGAUGACAGCGGAGAUUCUUUCCUAGUAACAAUAAGCAGUGCUAUACGAGUACGUCAGGUUAUCCCAGCAGUUAUGUCCAUCUAUCUGAGGAAUGAAGUAUUUGAGGACACCAUCCGGUUAUCUAAGGACUACUGUACAGAUAAGAGGAUCAUUUGUUACCUUGUGGAUGAUGGUGGAUUUCUCAUUUCCAGUAACCUCGAUUCAACCACUAAUGUUGGUCGAUUUUUUGGAAUGUUUGAGGGAGACAUAAUGAGGCAGCUAACCAGUAGUGGAAUUUAUGACAAAGAAGAGCUGUAUGAUUUCCAAGCUUCCUGCGAAAGUGAGGAAACUAUUUUCAGUUUUGGUGUGAAAUCAUUCUAUGUACCUACUAUAGCAGAAUUCAUUAACUUCAACUGGUUUGUGACAAGUGCUUCAUGGUCGUUUGUCAAGCAGAUUUUUUAUCAAAUUUUGACUGGGGACUUCAGCAUUUUCACAGUGUUUGGUCAAGAAGUAACAACCGAGUCAAAGGAGGGAGAAGAGCCCAACAUAGAAAAACCACCAGGGAACGAGAGUUGCAUAAAGAAACAAAGGCUGUGGCAUUUUGGAAAUCUGCAAUCAGCUGAAGGCAAUGUUACAAAAAUAAAUUGUAUAAGGAAUUGGAAAGCAGCUAGGCUGGAUCUGGAUUCUAGUGAUCUUAAACCUACAAACCUUCUGUUAGUCGUAGUGGACGCCCCCGAUAACUCUACCUACUGCCCAUCGAGAGCAUUGAGUCAAGAGCCUGAGAAAGAUUCAGGACCGAAACCGGAAGAUGAGGCCAAGAAUCCGAGGUAUCGAAGGCGGCCAAAAAGCUGUUUUUAUACUCAUCCAGGUGAGCAGCAUAUUUGCAGUGGGGCAAUAAUUGUAGGACCCUUGUUGUGGUUAUUAGUUGCAGUUCAAAUGCUGUUGAUAUUCCACCAGUGGGUUUGACAAUAUGUAGAAUACUGAGACUAUUCAAUGGUGGAAACAUAAGAGAAAUCGACAAUGCGGUGGUGGAAUCACAAGAGUUAUAUCAAAUUAUCGAUGGAACUGUUUCCAAAAUUAAUGUUGUUAUUAUCCCUUUGUAGGAGCAGACACAUAUUUAGGGGUACUAAUUAUAGGACCUUUAUUUUGGUUAUUUUUUUGCUUUCCAAACACUGUUGGUAUCUUAGAGAUGGGUUUGACAAUUAGCAGAAAAGAAAGAUAAUUAUUAAUAAAAACCCAAAAUUGACUGAGACGAUUUGGUUGUGGAAACCCAGGUGUUGUAUCAAAAAAUCAAUAGAACAAUUUCCGAUUAUGGUUGUCUGCAUCGGAAAAAUUUUAAGUAUUUGACAUUUAGGUAUUAUUUGCAAUUUUGUAAGUUUGAUUUAUAUUUGAUAUUGUUUGCAAAUGAUAAUUUGAAUAUAAAAUCUCCUUUAUAUUUUUUUAGUUAUUUAUUAGAAAGUUAUUGAUGAUGAUUUACUAAUACAGUUAUUAUUCAUUUAUUAUUGUUAUAGAGUUAUAAUAAGAAUACUAGAGAAUUUGUGUGUGCUCAACAAGAUGGCUGCUUUGGAUCCAGCCAAUCGAAAUAUGGCUAUUAAAGCAUCUUUUUCAGUGGCACCCUCAAUUUACAUGAAAGUUUUGAGUAGGACUACAGCUAAGUUACCUGUACUGUGUGUUUAAAACUUGAGCAAACACGAUUUCGAUUUUCAUUCCUCAGUACUUUAUUUUUAAAUCUCCAUUCCACUCUGCCUUUUCCUAGCUAGGCUAGUAUAAUAAUUUCAUAAUAUUCUUAUUAAUAACAAUAAUAAUAAUAAUUCUGUAAUAAUAAUAAUAGAUGGAAAGAUUUAUAUAGCACAAGUAAACAUGUUCUUAUGUGCUCGACAAUAGGUAAGAAGACAACGAAAAAAAGUUGCUAAAUUAAAAAGCAAGGUAAAAAACAAAAAACACCAAGCUAGCACCUAAACCGAAGUAUGGGGUGACACCGCCCAACCGAAUGAAUAAUAAUGAUUAACAAAAUAAUAGUUAGUCCGAGGUCAUAUUUAUGGUUGUGAUAUGUACACUACACAUGGGACUUUUCCUUUGAGCCAUCUUGUUGAGUACACAUACAAAACUCUGCAUUGCUUCAUCACAUUGUUAGCACUAUAGUUGUUAUAAUACUCUAAAUGUAAUAAUAAUUGCGAUCUUGUAUCAACAAGGAAAAUGCUACACUUACUAUUUAUAGAGGUCAGUAUUUGUAUUUGAUUUUAACAUCAAUAGGACUAAAACCUUUUAAAAUCGAUCAAGUGUUUUUAAAUGUUUUGCUUUUAACCAACUUUAGAGGACAGAACAUGUAAAAUUGUUCGUGUCUUUAAAAAGUGAUGAAAGGUAUGGUACAAAACACAUUUUGCUUUUACAUUACUUAUGUUAAGUGCAUUUAUUAAUAGAAUUGGAAAUCGGAUAUUUUUCUUUGUAUCAGACCACCUGUAGAUAGCAACAAAAAAAAAGACAUAAUGAAUUUAAAGCUGUUAAAAUAUAAAAUCUGUAACCAAUCACUGUAUUUUUCAUGUAACAGACAGUGAAUGUGUAAAAUUAUUAAAAUCAUCUACUAAUUAAAAAUACAAAAAUAUUUAUGCGAAAAUCACAUUAAUUGUAUCUAUAAGCCUUUGUAUAUAAACUCAAUUAUCAAUUGGUUAAAGUGUUUCUAUAGGAAAAUCAAUUUUUCCAAUGGGAGAAGCUCUAAUUAAGGAUGUUUAUGAACAUGUAAAUUGAUUACAUUUAGAAAACAUUGAUUGUGUAAUCAGCAACUAUGUUUGUAGCCUUUCUUGUUCAACUACCGAAAUGUUUGUUUUCUCAUUUGAUGUGGGAAAGAUUUGAAAUGUGGGAGAAAUUUGUGCAACAUUUCUGUAAACACAUCAGCAUUGAUACUGAAUUGAAAGUUGCUUGCAGUGUUAUGGAUUUAAUUUAGAUUUGAUAACUAAAGAAGAUAUGACUCCUUUUUGUCACACUGAUGGAUAAUGCACUUAAAGACAUACUGUGAAUUGUAAAAUGAAAAUAACAAAAUUGUAGCGUGCAUCGAGUCUUUUUUCAGCAUUUAAAAAUUAACUCUGAAAAAAUUGGUGCUUUACUAAAAAAUGUUAUGUAAGAUAAGCUUUACAUUACUUUGUCUACAAAAGAAACAUUUUAAGUGUACUUAUUUAUUUGCUAAAGCUACUUGGUUUUAAUUUUUGAUUCAAUACCUAGGAAACACUGUUGUGUGUUAUUGUAUUUUUCAUCAGUCAAUGAGUAGAACUAAUACCAUGCAACCAAUUUAAUUUAAUCUCAAUUAUUGUAGAACACAAAAUAAAAAAAAAAUAUAUAAUUAUGUAGGUGUUCACUUUUUGUCAGUGAUUUUAUAAGCACCAGUAAUUGAAGACACUUUGGGUGGUAAUAAAAGUGAUUUGAUGGGUUGAUCACUGUAAAAUUCACACUAUACCACACAGACAUAUCAGUUUUUCUUUAAAACCAUUUUAGAAUAGGAUUUUGAUAUCUAAUUUUCUAAGUCUACUAUUCGAUUUAUUAUUGUACAUUGUAUCAGAGUAAAGAGAACCAAGCAUUUAACAGUGUAAUAAUAAAGCUGGUUUACUUAUUAUUAUAAAGGGUAUUUUUCUGUCAUUGUUCUUUCUAUAUUAUCCAUCCAAGGAUCUGAGAGAAAACAGCCAUUUUCUUGAGAGUUUUUUAAACGUGAAGGCGAUCAAUAAUUUUUAUUUGUGUCAGUUAAUGGGAACCAAUAUCGUAAUGGUUGGUAUGAAAGGCUAGUUAUUUGAACAUUGUGCGAAACGCACCACGUUUGCCGUUGGAAAAAUGCAUUUGUUUUAAGCACAAUGCGUUUUCAUCUAAAAGCUCCCAGUUUGCAGCCGGUACUGCAAUUGUCAUGUGAAGUGGAAUUCCGAUUUACUCUAAAUAUUUGUCAUCAGAAACCAAUUACUUUUUCAACUUUAGAUAAAUAAUAUGUAGAUAUUCAGUAUAAAGUAAUGUGAUAAAGUAUAUAUAAAAUUUUUCUCUUGAAUUUGCCUUUUUUAUAUUGAUGCUACUAUAUAAAAUUAAGAUAUUUAUUCAUAUUUAACUUGAGAAUAUGCAGUGUAUAUACGAAAGGAUUUAAUGAUAUAUUGCAAACAUGCACUGUUUGGAAAAACAGGUUUAUAAUGUGGUUUUUUUUUUUUUUUAUCAUUUUUAAAGUAUGAAUAGUCGUUUUGCUUUGGUUUAAACUAACUUGAUUUAUUUAGAUAUGUGUAUCUGUUAUUUUGAGUAUGAUGAAGUUAAUGGAAACAUGUUAAGAUUAAUAUAUUUAAAUUUUUCUAUCAGUUGGCUAAUUGCUUUAACUUCUGGUAGUUUACCUUGCCAUCAUACUGAUAUUUAUUAUAACGCUUUCUAAAUCACAACUUAAAUCUUGAAUGUAAAUUUACUGACUUAGCUCUGCCUAUUUCAAAGUGCAUAGAUAACGAGCAGAUAGAUAACUUGCACUAUAGUUAAAAUGUAAAACCAACUGAUAAUUUUUCCAUAAAAAUAGAGAAAAUUUAUACAAUUUGCAUAUAAUCUCUCGAUUUAAUUGUGAUUUGGAAUACUGUCUAUUGCAGUACCUUAAGAAAAUAUUGAAAAUGAUAGAUUUACAAGAUAUAAACUUAAAAUUAGUUGCAUAGUGUAUAAUGUUGACUGUGUGCAAUUGGCUACAUAGAAAUAUUUUAAGUACAGUAUUCCAACUUGUAAUAUACAGUAAUAAUUUUGAAACUUAUAACUUACAUAUAAGUUCUGAAAGUUUCUUUUAUAUAUAGAUAUACAUUUAUUGGCAUUGACAAUCGUCUGUGGAUAUUACAAUCAUUUUUGCAAUUGUCACUUAUAUCACCUGUUAAUAUUAAAGGUAUUGUACUAACAACACAACAUUAGGAUAUGAAACAAUGCUAUUUUCAAUAUAUUUGCUGGUUAAUUCUUGAGGAUUUCCUCAAAAACAUUUCUUGGAAUCUGAUAUAAUCAAGUAAAUAAGACAUGGGUUACUGUCUUGUUUAUCCAUUUACUAAAGGCCUAUUUACAUAAAGCAUGACAAUGGUUUGACAGCAUCAAAAACAUUCUGUUGUGCAAUACGACAAAAACUGUCGUGCACGUAACAUUCACGGUUUGUUUGGCCAUGGAGGAAUUAGUAAACUAAUUCCUCCAUGGUUUGGCUGUCUACCUGCUGAACUUGUUGCGCCACAGUUGCCGAAAAUGUUAAGUUGCUCUGUCGAUGUCAUGGGUUGCAGUAGCAUGCCACUUUUGUGCUCUCGAUAUAAACAUGGUAUUAUUAUGGAGGUAUUAUUAUCGCUAAUACUUCUGUGGUAAAAAUAAGGCGUUAUACGUCGGUGGGUUAUACCAUUAAUUAUCGUUUAUAUAAACCAGUAUUGUCAUAGUUCAUUGUAGAUCCAACAUUUCAAAGCAGUGUUCUUAUCAGUGUACGUACGCUAUACUAAUACGUAUGUAUAUCUAAAAUCAAGGAUGUUUUCAACAAACACAACAUGUAAUUUGGGAACAUUAACAACGUAGUGGUUUAAUUAUGUCAAAAAACAACUUUAACAAAACUUAGCUGUUAAUUCAGAAGUUACGUUAAAAAUACGUAUUUGUUGCUCUAAGAAAUUAGAACCUAACGGUAAAUUUUAUUAUAAGUUAUUAUAACGUAAAAUUGUUGCUUGGAAGGAGGUAUACCAGAGCUGCAAAAAUGUAUCAUUCAAAGUUUAAAUCAAGGGAUGCUCCCUGUUUGUGGUUACGAUUUAAAUGAAUAGAUCCGAGUUUUGGUAUUAUUGCUGUUAUUAAUAUUAUUGUUGUUGUAAAUGUGGACAUCGAUAGAUCUUGGGCAUUAUAAAUCCCCAAGGAUAAAUGGCAUUGGACACAUGUGUUCCGAUUGGCAUCAAGCUUAUUUACAAUAAAGUUGGAAAAAGUCAUCUUCAAAUGAGCGUUUGGUACUACAAGCCCAUGACGCUAGAUAUGUGAUGGAACUAGAUAUGUGAUGGAACUUGAUAUGAAAAGGACGUUUCUCAAUCUCAGAAAGCUCACACAAUUGAUAUAUGCAAAACUUAUUCGUAUAUUUGAUGUUUUAAGUGUUAUAAAAUAUCUAAAGAGCUAAGUGUUAAGCUUUCAAGAUUGUUUUUUUUUUUUAGUCUACAUAUGACUGUCUUGUGGAGACUCAAAUCCCUGCAGUAAAAUUCAAUAUAGUUUAAUCUCAUUAAGUCUAAAUAAAAAACAUCAACUUCUGGUAAAAGUAUAAUGGUCAUGUAUCAAUUAUGUAUUUCAUUUCCUACAUAUUUUUUUUUAUAACAAAUGUUAAGUGUCAACGUGACUUGUACUUGUUAAUAUGAUUGGUAUUUGAAUCAGCCUACACCUAAACGCACCACGAAAGUUAAUUGUGGUGAACUGUUAACGGGUAAAGAAUUAGUUUUGUGUACUAUUUUGUGAUUUCUCUUUUCUCACACAAAGUGGAUGAAUAAAGCAGUAUGAUGUAUUUA